UACUAUUUUCUAAUGCGGAGUGGAAAACCAGGAAUGUACUCAGGUUGAAGAAGAGCGGAGUGAAGAUGGGGAAGCACUUCUCCUGAAUCCAAAUAGCCGUUGAGAGAAUGCUCUCGUUAUCUGAAACUAAAAAGUAACGUUCGAAAGAAAAAUCGAACGUUGUUACGAAAAGCUGAAAAAAAGCCGGAAAAAAAGCAUAUCGAACGUUAUUAUGGAGAGCUGGAGAAAGCAUAAAUAGUUCCAUCUCUUUCAUUUAGAGAGAGUGUUCUUCCUCUUUGUUUUGUUCUGUUUCUUAGUUCUCUGGCUCUUUAUAUUUUCUUUCAAUGUCUUUUAUUGGAGUUUUUAGUUUGUUUUGUUUUAGAUUUUCAGUUUGUUUGGUAAGGGUUUUGUGCUGUGAUUUGUUUUCUUUUUUUCUUUGUGGUUUUCCUGUUUUACCUAGGAAGAUGUGGAACAGAGGAAGGGAAAAGCAAAAGGAAGAGGCAGAGCAAAAGGAAGCACAAUUUCUUGUUCUAGGGAAAGCGAAGAAGGAUGGAGGAGGUACUUUGUCCUUCCUCCCUCCUCCUCAACAGUCAAGAGAGGAGGUACAACAGAGGUUGAUAAUGUCACAGGGACCUGCCCAUUCUGGGUUGAAUGACAUGCUCUGUGCAACUACGUUAAGGCAUACGAUGGAUCUAUAUUCCCUAGAGCCAAUGCCAAUUCAGCUAGAAAAUUUGAGGUGAUACAUGAUAUUGAUAUUUAAACUGAAGAAGUUGUUGCAAUUGUUAAAAUUGAUGCAAAUGUAAUUUGUAAAUUGAGUUAGUUUACUGGAUAAUGCAUUAUUAAAUAUCUAAAAUAGAAGAAGUUGUUGCAUUUUUGAACCAGUUACUGAAAUCGAUAACAUUAAUAAAUGUAAUAUGUAAAUUGAGACAGUCUAUUCAGUAAAAUUGAUAUGUAAACUGAUUUAUUAUUUAAUAUCAUUAUUUUUGCAUUUGGGAGGGGUUGAAUUUGCCCCCUUCAUAA